AUGAAUUUCGGUAUAAAGAGUCAAAGUGAGCCUAGCAAUUAUCAACCUGAAUACCAUGGGUUUGAUCAGCAGGUUGAGAGACAGGUUAAGGAACUAGCGCGAUCGCUUUCUCGAGCCAGCAUCGACAAACAAAGAUACCCAGCUGCGUUCAACUCGCAUAUAUCUACCAAUGACGAAUCUGAGCAUGAUGAUAACAAGAGUAUAACAUCGAUCUUCAGUGGGGUACAUGAAGGGGUCAAUCCAGUAUAUUUGGACCCCUCGGCGCCCGGGUAUGAUGCUCGACUCGAUCCUAACUCUGAGCAUUUUUCCUCCGCUGCGUGGAUCAAAAAUAUGGUCGCUUUCUCUAUGCAAGACCCAGAAUAUUAUAAGCAUUAUACUAUCGGAUGCUGCUGGAAAGACCUUCGAGCAUUUGGGGACUCGAAUGAUGUCUCAUACCAGAGCACAGUAACUACGCUUCCGGGAAAAUACUUGGGUAAAAUUAAAAGGCAUUUUUCCGCCACCAAGGAGGAAGACCUUUUCGAUAUUUUAAAGCCCAUGGACGGUUUAGUGAAACCUGGGGAACUCUUGGUUGUCCUAGGACGUCCAGGUGCUGGUUGCUCCACUCUCCUAAAGACCAUCUCCGCUAAUGUCGAAGGUUAUAGCAUUGAUCCAAAUUCUACCAUAUCAUAUAAUGGAUUAGACCCAAAAGUCAUUAAAAAACAUUUCCGUGGUGAAGUCGUCUACAACGCAGAAGGUGAUAUUCAUUUCCCCCAUCUAACGGUUUACGAGACUUUAUACAAUGUUGCUCUUCUAGCAACACCUUCCAAUCGUAUUAAGGGUGUGUCGAGAGAAGAAUUCGCCAAACAUAUCACAGAGGUCGCCAUGGCUACCUAUGGGUUAUCCCACACAAAAAAUACAAAGGUCGGUGGUGAUUUAGUCAGAGGUGUGUCUGGUGGUGAACGUAAACGUGUUUCUAUCGCUGAGGUUACUAUUUGCGGAUCUAAAUUCCAGUGCUGGGAUAACGCUACCCGCGGUCUAGAUUCUGCAACAGCCUUGGAAUUCAUUCGUGCGUUGAAAACAAGUACCGAUAUCUCUGGUUCUACUGCUGUAAUAGCUAUCUACCAAUGUUCUCAGGAUACCUAUGAUCUUUUUGACAAGGUAUGUGUUCUAGAUGAAGGUUUCCAGAUCUUUUUCGGAUACGCCAAGGAUGCCAAAAAGUACUUCGAAAAUAUGGGAUACGUUUGCCCACCUAGGCAGACUACAGCCGAUUUUCUAACAUCUGUGACCAACCCUGCUGAAAGAAUUGUGAAUCAAGAUUAUGUUAAAGAAGGGAGAUUUAUUCCAUCCACUGCUAAAGAAAUGGAAGAAUACUGGAGAAACUCACCAGAAUAUAAGCAACUUCGUGCCGAUAUUGAAGAAGAGUUGAGUAAAGACUCCGCUAAGAGCCUUCAAGAAUUGGAGGAAUCACACAUAGCAAGACAAAGCGAUGGGCAAAGAAAGGGAUCUCCUUAUAUCGUGAACUAUGGUAUGCAAGUAAAAUACCUAACCCUAAGGAAUAUCUUGCGUAUAAGAAGAAGCUACUCAAUUACUUUGGGAACAAUAGUGAGUAAUACUUGCAUGUCCUUGAUCUUAGGAUCGGCAUUCUAUAAAUCUAUGAAGCAUACUACUACAAACACGUUCUUUUUCCGAGGAGCAGCCCUCUAUAUCUCAGUUCUUUUCAAUGCUUUCUCGUCAAUGCUAGAAAUAUUUUCUUUGUAUGAGGCAAGACCGAUAAUUGAAAAACACAAGAGGUACUCGUUGUACCACCCUUCUGCAGAUGCAUUGGCUUCGAUGAUAUCGGAACUUCCUGGAAAAUUUAUCACCGCAGUCUUUUUCAAUGUGAUCCUUUACUUCAUGGCAAACUUUAGAAGAGAACCUGGACCGUUCUUCUUUUACUUCAUGAUGAAUUUCUUGUCCACUUUGGUGAUGUCCUCUAUUUUCAGGUGCCUUGGUUCUGCUGCUAAAACUUUACCAGAAGCUAUGGUACCUUCAUCAGUGCUUUUAUUAAUAAUAACAUUAUACGUUGGCUUUACUAUACCAAAGAAAAAUAUGCUUGGUUGGUCAAAGUGGCUUUGGUAUAUUAAUCCAGUAUCUUAUGUCUUUGAAUCAUUGAUGAUUAAUGAGUUCAAUGGAAGAGACUUCCCAUGUGCAGUAUUUAUACCAUCAGGUCCUGGGUAUGAAAACGUCAGCGCCACGGAAAAAGUCUGUAAUACUGUUGGCUCAAAACCAGGCUUACCUUAUGUCUCAGGUAAAGAUUUUAUUGUACAAUCUUAUGGUUAUGAUCCUUCCCAUAGGUGGAGAGGUUUCGGUAUUGCCCUUGCGUAUUUCAUAUUCUUCAGUGCUGUCUACUUGUUAUUCUGCGAAUAUAACGAAAGUGCAGUACAAAAGGGUGAAAUCCUAGUGUUCCCUAAAGCAGUCCUCAAGAAAGCUAAAAAAGAAGCUCUUUCAAGGCCAAAAUCCGAUGUUGAAACAGGUGAAGAUCCAGAAGGUGGGAUUACAGACCGUAAGCUCUUACAGGACUCGCAGGAAGAUUCUAAUGAAUCCGUAGAUGAGAAACAGUCGGCAAUUGCGUUAGAGAAAUCAGGAGCGAUCUUCCAUUGGAGAAAUGUCUGUUAUGAUGUGCAAAUCAAGAAAGAAACCCGUCGUAUUUUAUCAAAUGUCGAUGGUUGGGUGAAGCCAGGAACUUUGACAGCCUUGAUGGGUUCUUCCGGUGCUGGUAAAACAACUUUGUUAGAUUGUUUGGCCUCGAGAGUCACAAUGGGUGUCAUCACCGGUGACAUGUUUGUUAACGGUCACUUACGUGAUAAUUCUUUCCCACGUUCUAUUGGUUAUUGUCAACAACAGGAUCUACACUUGUCAACAGCUACCGUUAGGGAAUCCUUGAGAUUUUCAGCAUACUUACGUCAGCCAUCGUCGGUUUCUAUCGAAGAUAAGAAUAGAUACGUAGAGCACGUCAUCCGCAUGUUGGGGAUGGAAAAGUAUGCUGACGCUGUGGUAGGUGUUACUGGUGAAGGUUUGAAUGUCGAACAGAGAAAGAGAUUGACUAUCGGUGUAGAGUUGGCUGCCAGACCUAAAUUGUUGUUAUUCUUAGAUGAGCCGACGUCUGGUUUGGACUCUCAGACAGCCUGGUCAGUGUGUCAGCUAAUGAGGAAAUUGGCUGACCAUGGCCAGGCUAUUCUAUGUACCAUCCAUCAGCCUUCUGCUUUGUUAAUGCAAGAAUUCGAUAGGCUCUUAUUUUUGCAGAAAGGUGGUAAAACUGUAUAUUUCGGUGAUUUAGGCCACGGUUGCCAGACCAUGAUUGAUUAUUUCGAGAGAAAUGGAGCUCACAAAUGUCCAGAAGGUGCCAAUCCUGCAGAAUGGAUGUUGGAAGUUAUUGGAGCCGCGCCGGGCUCAUCGACUACUGUAGACUAUCACGAAAUAUGGAGAAACUCCGAAGAGUACAGGAUGGUACAAAAGGAACUUGAUUGGAUGGAAGUUGAAUUGGCAAAAAAACCUAUGGAUACAACUGAAGAGCAAAAAGAGUUCGGUACAUCUCUUCCUUACCAGUUCAAAAUUGUUACUAAACGUUUGUUCCAACAAUAUUGGAGAACGCCUUCUUAUAUUUGGUCGAAAGUUAUGCUAACUGUGCUCCCACAAAUUUUACUUGGUUUCACAUUUUUCAAAGCAAAGUUAACUCUUCAAGGGCUACAAAAUCAGCUAUUUGCAAUCUUUACUUUCACUAUAGUGUUCAGUCCAGCCUGUGAACAAUAUCUCCCUAUGUUUGUUUCACAAAGGGAUUUAUACGAAGCAAGGGAGCGGCCAAGUAGAACAUUUUCUUGGUUGGCGUUUAUUUUCUCCCAAUUUGUUGUAGAAAUUCCCUUUAAUGUAAUCUUAGGAACUGUCGCUUUCUUUGUUUUCUAUUAUCCAGUUGGCUUCUAUAAUAACGCUUCUUAUGCCGGUCAGUUGCAUGAGAGGGGUGUUCUUUUCUGGUUACUCUGCAUUGAGUUUUACACGUACAUUAGUUCCAUGGGCCAAUUAUGUAUGGGAGGCCUAGAACACGAUGCGCUCGCUGCAAACAUUGCCUCUAUCUUCUUUAUGAUAUCUUUGCUAUUUUCCGGAGUGUUUGGGGGUCCUGGCGUCCUACCGGGUUUCUGGAACUUCAUGUACCGUGUUUCUCCACUAACGUAUCUCAUGGAUGGUUUGAUUUCCACUGGAAUAGCGAACACUAAAACGCAAUGUGCGCCCUAUGAAUUUGUUCACUUCAGUCCUAGAGAAGGACAGAAUUGUGGUACCUACAUGACUCCUUUCAUCAAGUCUCAUGGUGGCUACUUGCAAAAUCCCGAAGAUAACAGCGAUUGCAGGUUUUGCAGGAUUUCUGAGUCGAACACCUUUUUGAAAAAUUACAAAUCUGAUUACAGAGAAGAUGGAGGAACUUUGGUAUAUUUUUUGUGUACAUCAUUUUCAACUGGUGCGGCUGUCUGUUCUUGUACUGGUUAG